UGUUGUGCUCCGGAGCUGGCUGAGCGAUGUGAACGUAUCGUCUCCGGGACGGCUCCACAUUUCUCCCUGGUCGUAUUCUCGCUUCUACGGGUACGGUUCUCUCGGUGAAGAUUCGCUGUUUGUCGGCAUCGUGUCUGUCCCGGUGUCUCCUCCGGGAAGCGCGAAGCCGAGUCGUGCGAUGAUGGAGGACUUUGACGAGAUCUACGAAGAGGACGACGAGGAAGAAGAGAACGAGGACAGGGCCGCAGAGGAGCAGCUCCUCAAGUACGCUCCGGACCCGGUGGUGGUGCGAGGGUCCGGCCACGUCACUGUGUUUGGGCUAAGCAACAAAUUUGAGUCAGAAUUUCCUUCAGCGCUUACAGGAAAGGUGGCACCAGAGGAAUUCAAAGCCAGCAUCAAUCGCGUGAACGGCUGCCUGAGGAAGACUCUGCCGGUGAAUGUGCGCUGGCUCCUGUGUGGCUGCCUCUGCUGCUGCUGCACAUUGGGUUUCAGUCUGUGGCCUGUCAUCUGCCUCAGCAAGAGGACAAGACGAUCUCUAGAGAAACUUCUGGAGUGGGAGAACAGCAGACUUUACCACAAGUUGUGUUUGCAUUGGAGACUAAGCAAAAGGAAGUGUGAAACCAACAACAUGAUGGAAUACGUAGUCCUAAUAGAGUUCUUACCUAAGAUCCCCAUCUUCAGACCGGACUAGCCCGACCUGGAUCCUCCACCGCUGCCCACCUCUGUCACAGAACAAGCUCCUGAAUAAAUCCCCCAAUGUUUUUGUUUACAGGGUAGCAUUAAGCCUCUCCCUUCUCUCUUUGACCCGUUCUCCAACACAUGCCCCCCAUGUUUACAAAUCCUAGCCCCCUGACCCUUAUUUUUGGAGCAAAUUCACUGUUGAAACACAACCCAUUGGAGCUAGCUGGGUCACAGCUGAGCCUUACUACUGGGUGGUGUGAGGCAGGGGGGGGACCAGCCAUGGGCAGCGAUACGGAUUUUGGAACUGAAGCUGGAAACUGGACUCUUGAACCGGGUCCUGUUGGCUGCGUCUGGAUGUGCUGUCACUUGUGUGUUCCCUUUAGCUGGGCACCUGGCGCAGUCGGACCAUGGCAACACAAACACCCUCACAGCUUACCGACUGUCUCACGGAGCAACUCCGCCGGCCAAAGUCCCAGCCCGGUGCUUUUGUAACGGUUGGUCUGGUGCUCUAGAGCCGUUUCAAGAGGCCACAUGAACGCCAGAACUCCGAUGGGAGCCUUCUUCCAGAUCGAAGCCGCUGCGGACAGACUGGUCUGACAGGAGCGUGUUGGGGGAGUGGCUAGAACAACCAAACUCGAAAAGUGUCCCUCGCUCUUCUCCAGACAUGCUCUCGCCUGCUUCUACAUCUGUGCACACUUCGCGGUGCAUCACCUCUAACCCACUGACAAUCACACACUCUUGACUGUAGUAGUAUGAAUGGUUAUUUGUGCCACAUAUUUUACUUGCAACAAUUUGUCUCUUAAACAUUUUAUGUGUGUAUCGCAGUGAUGGAUUGGCUGCCUAGCAACCGUCUCUGAGUCGCAGUGGGGCUGUAUGCUGGAAAGGAAGCUACUAGUGAUUAAGAGACCCCCUUUUUUUAGUACCUCAAGUUUUGUUUACUAUUUUGGUGAAAAAGAGGCUGUCAAUGCUUUUCACCUUUUACUGUUUUUGUGUUUAGUGUGUCUUUCUGAGUUGGAGAAACCUAAUCGACAUAAAGAGUUUCUUUGACGCAGCUACUUGCCAUAACCAACCUUUGUUACUUUUAUUUUAGUAAUUUAUAAACGAGUGUACUUAU